CCUGGGAAGCGCAGGGCGCCCACCGCGCGGCGUCUGCCCGGUUGCUCUGGAGCUGUGGAGCGUGGCCGCCCGCCGGCUUCCUGCCCUGCUCCAGCCAUGGGGAGCACGGAGAGCAGCGAGAGCCGCAGAGUGUCCUUCGGAAUGGACGAGGAGGAGCGGGUCCGGGUGCUGCAGGGCAUCCGGCUGUCUGAAAAUGUGGUUAACCGCAUGAAGGAUUCCAGCCAGCCUGCAGCAGGCCAGCAGCGAGCCCCUCCGCCGUCUGCGUUGGGGUCUCCAGGAGGCAGUGCAAACGCCCCACAGAAAGAAUCCAAACCACUGAGGUCGGAGGCCAGUGGUGGCCCGCAGUCCACAGGAAUGAAAGAGGAUCUCAAGAGGUUCAAACAGGAGCAGGCCACAGUCCAGGAUGAGCUGUCCCAGGUGGCAAAGAGGGAAAGAGAGGCAGACAUGAAGCAUUCGAAGGUGUCCCUGCCUCAGGGGACAGAAAAUGCCGAACAUGAGAAGCAGAAGUCAGCCCAGCUGGCCAGGGAGCUGGAGAGCAGAGAGGCAGAGCUCAGACGCCGCGACACCUUCUACAAGGAGCAGCUGGGGCACCUGGAGAGGAAGAACGCGGAGAUGUAUAAACUGUCUUCACAGCAAUUCCAUGAGGCGGCUUCGAAAGCAGAGAGCACGAUAAAGCCCCGCAGGGUGGAACCGGUGUGCUCAAGCCUGCAGGCCCAGAUCCUGCGCUGCUACCGUGACAACCUGCACGAGGCACUGCUGUGCUCAGACCUGGUCAAGACGUACCAGCACUGCGUGAGCGCCGCUCACAAGGGUUGAGGAGCAGCCAUCACUCCUGGCCCUGGCGGUGACUUGGAGCCCUGAGGAAGGGCCUGCUCGUGGGACCACAGUCCGCAGACCCUGGGCCACAGCCGCCGUGCCCUGCCAUUUCCUGCUGGGACACCCACAUAUGCCUCUGAGCUUGGGGCUGCCCUGCGCUUAGGAAACAGAGUAUGUCCUCGUGUCCGAAAGCAAAUAAAGCAGAUGUCUUUGU